AGCCACGAGCGGCUCAGAGACAGCCCCUGCCACAGUGCCGUCGGAAAGCUAUUUAGGACGAAACCAAGAUGGGGCGCAAGCAGAAAGCAGGCAAAGAAGAAGGAGGGGAAGGAGGCGAAGGCAUGAAACAGAUGCAAAGUGCCUUUGCCAACCUGCAGCGGAUGAUGGCAAUGAGCAACCCUGGUAUGUUUGGCGAGAAUCAGGGGCAGCCUGGCCAGCCACCUGCUAUGCCACCCAAUCCCAUGAUGGGCAUGAUGGGCGGCAUGAUGGGCAUGAAUCCAAUGAUGAUGAAUGGCAUGAUGCCUACAGCCCCAGGUGCGGCUGCUCCAGGAGCUCCGCCACCACCCGCGCCUGCGCAGCCGGCUCCAAAGAGUGGAGGAGAACAAAAGAUCUUACCCGGGUUGAAGCCAGGGGAUUGGCUGUGCCCAAAUUGUGGCCAGAACUGCUUUGCCUCCAAAUUUCAAUGUCCCAGAUGCGGGAGGAACAAGCGAGGCGAGGAGGGUGACGUGUAUGUUUCAGAGCACGGCAGGAUUCACCCAGACAUUCAAGAACUCUGUGACGAGUACUACAUUGAAACACGCCACAUUGAGAAGCUCAAUGAGCUUAUGAAAGAUAGGCAUGACACCUGGUAUGAAGACUUGAAGAAGCUCAAGGAGAUCAUGGAGGAGGCACGCUCACCAUGUGGAAUGCUGGUUGUUAAGAUGAAGGAAAUGGAAGAUGGCACAUUUGUGGCAAUUAAUCGAGACAAGAGGAUGCAGCACUUGAAGGAGAAGUUCAAGUUAGACCGCAUCGCUGAGACGCGCUUGUCGGAUAUCUUGGCGCGCUGCUCCGAUGAGAAGAAGGAUGAAUACUACCACGACCUAGAAAGGCACUUUGAAUGCUCGGGCAAACCCUCAGCUACGGCCAUGCUUCUGAUGAAAAAAUUGGCCAACGGUGAACCUCUCGGUCCACCUGGCCGCCCCGGCCCUGGCAGUUGGCUGGACCGGCAACGCAACGGCGACCGCGAGGAUCGCGGCGGCGACCGGGGCGACCGAGGAAACGACCGGCGAGGCGACCGAGGAGGAGGGGGAGGAGGAGGAGGCGACCGUGGCGGUGGAGACCGCGGAGACCGUGGAGGCGACAGAGAUCGCAGAGGUGGCAGGAGCCGGGACCGCCGAGAUGGUGGCCGCGAUGGUGGCCGCGAUGGUGGCCGCGAUGGUGGCCGCGAUGGUGGCCGCGAUGGGCGAGACGAUCGACGGGACGAUCGGCGAGAUGACCGCCGCGAGCGUGACGCUCGCAGCCGCUCCCGCCGCCGGGAUGACCGCCGCGAAGACCGACGUGAUGACCGUGAUCGACGCGACGACCGCCGUGAAGAGCGGGCGCAGCGACCACCUCCUGCAGAGGAGCCAGCCUUUGUCCCGAAGCCCAAGGGCAUGCAACCGCCGGAGAAGGGUGAAGGAUGCAAGGAAGCUGAAGGCCUCACGGGUGCUGCAGCUGCAGCCGCGCUGCAAGCGGGCGCCGAGCGUGUGCGAAAAGAGCUUCAAGCAAAUCUGCAGGCAUACAUUCGGAAACAAAUUGCUGAUGGCAGACCGAUGGAGGAGUGGACAGCGUGACUGUGCAUCUCUAGUUGCAGAACGACAGUGCAGAUAGUGAUGCAUGCAUGUUGAGCUACGCGCUCGCUUUUGGAGUGGAGAUUGAAGGUAGCCAUUGUCCUUGCC